GCUAAAUGCCAGCGCCUCUGUCUAAUCGCACUUCGGCGUCUCCUCGACUCUCCACCACGUCAGCUGAUCCUAAAAGUCUGGCCGCUGCUUCAGCCGCCAGAAGGCUCCAUUGGCAAUACCCCAUUCACUCCAACUAUUGUGUCCGAACAAGCGGGCGAAUCGCUUCUCUUAGAUCUUCCUAUAUUCAGUCAGAAAAGUCCGGAAAAAAGCACGGCGUUAGUUGGUGACGACCAGUCUCACAACAUUCAACAAACCAAGGAGCAAAGUGGGGGAGUCGAGAUUGGGAGAGUACCCAACACGAAAAGCUUGUUAGGUAGAGCCUCCGGAGGCACUAUUUUUGGUCCAACGGUCAGCCUACUGACAUUCAUCUUCAAAGAGAGGGACGUCGAUUUACGUCAGGUACGCUGA